CAUGGUUACAGGAUCAGCAGUUGUCACAUGGCCCACACGCGCUCGCUCACAGGUGUAUUGAUAUUGAGAGGAUUCUCGUUCGAAAACAUCAUUUAUCAGCUGGGCUUACGUUGAACAGGAUCACUGCUGUUAAUCAUUCAGAGAUUCAUUCUUUCCAUGGAUCAUUAAGUGCUCGAACACACUUCAAUAACGCCAUGAGAACAGAUUGCUUCAAACCUUAUGAAAAUUCUCACUUUAUGCGAGAAUCUGUGUAACUUAGGAAACACUGUGAUAAGUUGUCAGAAAUGACAGCAACACUACUGUGAUAUUCAUCCAACGCAUUUCAAAACUGUUUGGAUGUGUAACAUAUUGGACUAGACCACAAUAUUCAAAUAUUGGAUGUAUAGGUUGUAUCAGUGUGGUCAUGGAUGAUUGAUUUUUGUUGAUAUUUCUACAGUCUAUCAUGCGUUGCGUUAGACGAGGAUUCCUCACAUUGUUUGACUCAUGCGGUAAGCUCAAAACAAGCUUUCAGCUAACCGUAAGUAAAUAUGACAACAAGUCAAUGAUAAUAAUUUACAGGUAAGCAUACUAUGAAGGUAUGCCAGACUUUUUACUCUGUGAUAGUAGCAUGUUAAACAAUUAGUAGCGUCCAUUUUAUGUUUCUUCAAGCUGCAUUGCUGGCAUGGCGGCUUUUUUCAAAAAAUCUCGGGCUACAUCGCCCUCCUUUGAUAUUCCAAAACUCUGCCUUCCUCGGCAGAAACGUUCAGUGUCGAUUGACUCAAGUGGCAGUGCUACGCGAUCACGAUCUGUCAGCCCGAAGGCUGUUACCCCACCUUCAGGUGGAAGUCCUCCUGAGUUGAAAAAAUUUGGCCAUCGGAGUCGAUCACGGUCAUCAAGUUUUGAUUCUAGUGAUUUAGGAUCCACGAAUAUUCUGCUGCAAGUUCCAGACCCUCCAAAGCGUUUAACGGGUCAGAGAUCAAACUCAUUUGAUGUGUCUCAAUUUUCGGAACAAACUCAUUCGGAUGACAAUUCAUCAGACAAAGAUUCCAGGGAUGGAAAUCUAAAAGUACCAAAAUAUCGCAAGAGGGGUGGUUCACUAGAGAUACCUAAACUUUGUAUACAUUGUGUUCACACGGAAGCUUUAACAAGUAGUGGCUGCAGUCCAGACUCUGGGACGAGUAAUUCAGAAUACGAUUUUUCGUCAACAUCCUUAUCUGAUUAUGAUUCUUCUGACAUGGAAGACUUCGAUGACGAGGAAAUCAGGAUUACAAGUAACGCAAAUCUUAAAGCGUCAAGCAACAGUGAUGUCAACGUUGUUACACUGGUCGUACCAGUGGUAAAGCAACGGUCAUCCUCAAUGGAUGCUGCGAUCUAUCGGACAUCGGAUAGCGAAGAACGACGGUCAUCUUUGGAUGACCGAAUCUUGGAUGUACCAAAACAAUCCCGGGCAUCGUCUGUGGACGUUCAGCUGCCCACAGCUGAGAAUAAUAACUCGUAUACAGCCAUAACCAGGUUGGCAAGCCAUUUUAAAAAAGCAAUAUCCAAAAGCAGUAUACCCAGUAGUAAUUACCUACACCCUAGUCAUGCAGAGUACGGAUACAGAAAAACGGACAGGGAGUUUAGGUCUUGUGUGGACUGGACGGAUACAGCAGUAAAUGGUGAUCAUGUAUGGAUGGAUGUUGGAGCCUCUGGUGACCCAUGUUAUGUGGGUGAAACAGACUGUGUUAGACAAGGUCCAAGAAAGAAAUGUUCUGCGUGCAAGAUAAUCGUCCAUAGUGGGUGUAUGGCACAGCUUGAGAGAAUCAACUUCAGAUGCAAACCAACUUUCAGGGAAGCAGGAAUUAGGAAUUAUAGAGAGCACACUUUUAUACGACAUCAUUGGGUCCAUAGAAGGCGGCAAGAGGGGAAGUGCAAGCAGUGUGGGAAGUCAUUUCAACAAAAGUUUCCAUUUAAUUCAAAGGUCUACCAGCAUCUCAGAAAACAUAGCUCAGAUGAAAUCAUUGCCAUCAGCUGUUCAUGGUGCAAGUAUGCAUAUCACAACAAGAUCACCUGUUUUAUGAUGCAACAAAUAGAAGAACAAUGCACACUUGGGUGCCAUGCGGGUAUCAUCAUUCCACCAUCAUGGAUCAUCAAAAUUCCAAAGAAGGGGUCUUUCAAAUCAUCAAUUCGAAAAAAGAAAGCGUCAAUGAAACGCCGCAAGAGUCGCAAGGAGCAAAACCCAUUCCUCAUCAAACCUAUUCCAUCGCCACACAUGAAGCCGUUACUGGUGUUCAUCAACCCGAAGAGUGGUGGCAACCAGGGGGCAAAGUUAAUGCACAAGUUCCAGUGGUUGUUGAACCCUCGGCAGGUGUUCGAUCUCUCUCAAGGUGGACCAAGGCAGGGGCUCGAAUUGUUCAAAAAGGUGCCAAAUCUACGAAUCUUGGCCUGCGGUGGUGAUGGCACUGUAGGUUGGAUACUCUCUGUAUUAGAUAGCUUGAAUUUCAACCCAUUUCCUCCGGUCGCUGUGCUACCACUAGGAACAGGAAAUGACUUGGCAAGAACUCUCAACUGGGGCGGGGGGUAUACAGACGAACCUAUAGAGAAAAUACUUAGCAGUGUAGAAGACGGACCAGUUGUUCAGUUGGACAGGUGGAACUUAAAAGUAGUACAACUAGCCCAGGGUGAGCAGGACUCGACCUUAGAAACCAAGUUACCCUACGAGGUGUUCAACAAUUACUUCAGCUUGGGAGCUGAUGCUCAUGUGGCCUUAGAAUUCCAUGAAUCCAGGGAAGCCAACCCUGAGAAAUUCAACAGUAGGUUUAGGAAUAAGAUGUUCUAUGCAGGGGCGGGUGGCAGAGAUUUGUUAAAAAGAAGUUGGAAGGAUUUAGCUGAACAUGUGAAGAUAGAGUGUGAUGGUGUCGAUAUAACGCAGAAAAUCAAAGAUCUCAAGCUGCAUUGUAUUCUCUUCUUGAACAUUCCGAAGUAUGGUGCAGGUACCGUACCAUGGGGCAACCCCAGCAGCACCAACUCGGCAUUUGAGCCCCAGAGGCAUGAUGAUGGAUACAUUGAAAUCAUUGGAUUCACUGCCGCUUCCUUGGCUGCCUUGCAAGUUGGCGGUCACGGCGAGCGAUUGUACCAGUGUCAAGUGGCCAAGCUGACCACAUAUAAACCUAUACCUAUGCAAGUGGACGGAGAGCCAUGUCGCCUCAAACCCUCCACCGUUGAGAUCUCACUCUGUAACCAAGCCAACAUGGUUCAGAAGCCAAAACGGCGUGGUUCAGUGCCCUACUUAAAUGAUAUUGACUACGGCUGUUGCAGCCCGCCGUCUGUGCCCGAGAGAUUACGCAUCCAAGUCAGCCGUAUCAGCAUGGAUGACUACGAGACACUCCACUACGACAAGGACAAGCUAAAAGAAGCAUCUAUUCCCUUGGGUAUCAUCGUUGUGGAGAAUGACUCGGAUCUUGAACAAGUCAGGAAGCACAUCAAUCGGCUACAGGAGGACCUCCAAAAUGAUGUUGCUGGAGCCUCCCAGAAACUCUCAUCAAAAUGGUGCUUCUUGGAUUCCGCCACAAGUACUACCAAGUUUAUUUUUGAAUCCUCACACCAGCCCCCAGACCCAAGUUCACCUCGGUCUAUUCUCCUCCAUUCAGCAACUACGGCGGAGCGAUUCUUUCGAAUAGACCGUGCUCAAGAACAUCUUCAUUACAUAACGGAUAUAUCAUCGGAAGAUUUGUACAUCCUCGACCCAGAGCUAAUAAAUCGCAAUAAUAAUCUGCCCCGUUCGCCGACGCCAACAUGCGAGUACCCGCCAACGCCGUUUCCUUCGAAGAUGGAUAUCAAUCAGAAUAGUGGUCUGGCGGUGCCACCCAACUUAACAUUCCAGCUCCCUGCAACACCACCAAAGUCUCCAUCAGGUCAAAGUAUGCCCACAUUAGGAGUAGGAGAAGCACAAGCCAUGCAAGUGUCCACUAGCACCAGUUCAAUUAAUGAUUCUGAUGAGAACUUCAAGCGGUUUGAGAGCCAAGAGAACCUCCUGGUUCCACAGGUGCCUGGCUCAAACAACAGUUCUGAACCAGGCUCACCUGUACAGUUCUCAUCCGACUCUGAAAAAGGAAAAAAAUACAUAUUUCCAGGACCAACCACUUCAGCAGAACCAACGUCACCAACCAUUAGCCCAUCUGAUAAAUUGCUCAUUGAUGCGUCAAAACGAGGAGAUUGCAAGAAGGUCGAAGAACUCUACCAACUUGGGGGCAAUCUCUUGGCAACGGACAUGUAUGGAAUGACCACCCUUCAUCAUGCUGCACGCUUCGGCCACAAGGACCUUGUGAAAUUUCUGAUAAAUAAUGCACCACCUGUGAUCUUGGAUAUGGUAGACUAUGAAAAGGGCCAGACGGCGUUGCACAAAGCUGCAUGGUAUCAGCGGCGUGCUAUCUGCUCCCUUUUAGUGGAAGCGGGGGCAUCUCUCACUCGAACAGACUACCAGGGUAAUACACCUCGCCUCCAGUCGCUGAGGGCAGAGGAUGGAGAACUAGCGGCUUAUCUUGAAAAUCAGGAGCAUCGCCAGUUGGUGUCCUCUGAGGACCAAGAAACAGCUGUCUAAGCCUACAGAUAAUGUCUGUUCUGCAAUCAGGGGCCUGGCCUAUCGUGGGUACAUGUAGGCCUUCAACAGUUGAAUAGGACCUCUAAGAAAAGAAAAUACUGUCACCUGCUCUUUGGGGUGCAGGACCCAGUUGCUGUUUCAAAAUCAUGCUUAACUCCUAAAAAAACAACUAUUGCACUUUCUGUGACUGAUAUAUGAUUAUACGCUCAUUUGCAAAGAAUUUUACACUUUACUGGACUUAAGGGAAAGCAGCUCCUAAAGUUUUUGGAGUGUCUGGCUCGCACAUGCACACUGAAUGUGUGGAGUCAAAUAUUAGAUAUUCAAUUAUUCAAGUCUUCAUCAUCCUCUUAAUGAACUACCCAUGAUAGCCCAGGCCUUAAGCAGAAAAAGAGACAAGACGAUUUGAUAUAUUCACCAAUGUGAUCCUACCUAUUUGUUGGUAUCCGACCGCACCUGUGAUGUUUAGGUAUUUAUAUUGAGUUGUAAAUAUUAUGUUUUACUGAAAAAUUAUUUGUAACAGUUGUAGAGUAGGCUUUCUGUUCACAAACCCACGUCCACAGGUCUGGACGAGACGGCUUCUUUUUAACCAAUCGUGGCGAAAAGAUUGUAAUUACAGCAUACAGAGAAGACUGAUGAUUACUGAACAUGCAAGUGCAUUAUACCUAGUUGAUACUAGUAUUUUGUUUUAAUUUGUUGGAGAUUUGGACUUUACUAUCACCGUUGUACAGUUUUAUACCACUUGAAGUCAGUUUUUUAAUGACCAACCUAAAGUAUUUGAUAUACAUGUUGGAAUGUGAAUGAUCCCUCUAUUUUACAAUUUACGAAGCCAAAUCCUGGCCAUCAUGUUCAUGCCCUAGAGUUUGAUUGUAGUGUUGCACAUCAUUUAAUCCAGGUAAUAUUGCAGCCUGCAUGAUGACUAUACUUUGAAAAAUAAUAUUUCGUACUGGUAAUUGAAAGCUUUUUCAAUCGAUCAACAACUUGGUCUUGAAAACAUUUAAUGGAACAUCACUUGAACUGUAUAAACUGUGAAUAAUCAUAAUAAAUUUGUAUAUUGUAGAAAAGGUUAAGAUUAUUUAUCAAUCUGUUUACUGCAUAUAUGUAUCACAAGAUUUUCAUGCUGUUUAUUUUUGCAAUUGCGUGUAAUAGCAAAUACUUCUUUAAAAAAGGAAAUUUUCCGAAUUUUUAUUUCGACUUAUUGACACAUUAUUUGCACUAAUGCAAAAACAUUAUGCUUGAAAAUCUUGCAGUUUGCAGUAGCCAUUAUAAUCAACAAAAAUCUGUGAUUAACAUUGAAAACUUAAUCAAGGUGAUGGUCUUACAGCUCCGGUAAUGUAUUGGUUCCCCUGAUGCAAAUUUUUGUCCGAUGUUCAUUGACUGAUACUAUCUGAAGUUGAAAUGUAUUUGGAUCUCAUUACUCGUCAGUGUUUUUUCCAUGUGCUUUGUUGAUUUCAGGAUAACAUUUCAGCUACCCGAUCUAUGACCUUAUAAUGGAGAUGCGAGUAUACACUGUACCAUCAGAACCGCACCUGACCUUAAUGUGUGGCAUGCUAAAUGGGCAUUUUGCCAGAUUUUGAAUGAUUUCAUGUAGACAGCCUUAUUAACUUUUAGAUUUUGGUCAUCUUAAAAAGAUUGGGGCAACCUACAUUUGUGUUAUAUCAUGGCUUGUCUAAAAACUUUCGCUUGCAUUGUAUGAUUAAUUUGAAGCGGAUGUUACUUGCCAAAUUGUGACAACAUGGUUGACAUUAUUUAUGCUGUUUACAAAAUUGGCUUAUAAAAACGGUAUUAUAGAAGCCUGAUCUGUCAUUGAGGUCCCCCUCAAGGUAUUUACCAGCGCAUGCACAGAGCCUCGGGGGUGGAUUAUCAAGUGUAUGAUUUGUAUGCCUGAGGUAUGCUCGGUGGCAUCUUUGACAAUAAGAUGAAUUGUACUUGUCUGUGACCCUGCCAUGUUUUGUUGAUUGUAAAUUUUCUUGAGAAUUUAAUCAAAUCAUUCGCAAUAUGGUAAAGAUCAUCACCAAUAGAUGUCAUGUUUCUAUCUUGGAAAGUCUAUCAAGUCGGUCGGCACUAUCAUUAUUUUGUUCCUUUGAAGAUUUGUCUGCGCUGUGUGGCUCGAAUGACUGAAACGAACGAUUGAUGUGAGAAUAUUUUACAUUUUAUUGGUGCCUGAUUGCAAGUGUUGCUAUUCCAUGGUAACGACUGAUGUUUGUUGUGAUAUUUUGUUGUUCCCUUUGUAUUGAUUCCCACCGUUUUUCAACUUAUACGAUAAACAGACCAAACAACAUUUCAUUAGAUCAAUUGUGGAGAUAUCUCUAGCCUCAUUGGAUUUUAAUUUCGACCAAGUAAUGAUGUAUGGAAUGUCUGCUCAGCUAACAUGUAAUUGAUUUGAUAUUCAUUGAGAAGGCUGAUGUACUUUGGAUGAGACUGAUAUUACUAUCACACUACGAUCAUGCAUAUAAUAAGCAGAAGGAUACAUUUCGAAAGGAAAGUUUGAAAGAGGUCACUGACAAAGCAUCUCUCAGUGAGUCUAUUGCUAACUCUUAAAUGACCAUCAGCUUAUUUCAAAGCCUCCCAAAGGAGUUAAAGGGGGACUAUAGGCAGGAGCUUGGGAUCAAACUGGUGGUCUUCCGGUGUCUACAGUACACAGUUAUAAGACUGGGUUGUGUUUGGUUCGGCAAUAAAUAUAUUCCCUGCACAAGCACGAAGAAUAGUCUCAAUGUACUGUGAGAUAGCAAAGACCCCAUUUGCAACUUUGUGUAACUUAAUCUGAUCUACCUGGCUCCAGCCUUUAGUCAUCCUUAAACCAUCAUCAUUGCUUGUUCAACUAAAUUUGUCUACAUAUGUCACCACAAUUUGGUUGCCUUCCCAACCUGUUUAUCUUGCACAUUAUUGUAUAAAGUACCUUUCAUGAUGUGAUAAAUGUGUACAGUGAGUUGUAAUAAAAUCCAUUAUGCACGAAGGCAUUGAGUGCCGACAGUAUACAAGAAUAUAGUCUGAAAACACAAUGUUUUUUUCACUGAAGUGAGACAGUGUCGGCUAUACAUUUCUGUUAGGUUUUGCACAUGGAAUAUAUAGUCGAUGCCAUUUUACUUAUUAUAGCUAGAUUGAACAUUGUCAUACAUCCCUGUGGUUUUUAAAACGUCCUUCAUUCACCAAGUAUAUGUUUUUUCUGACAAAAAAGUUGUGCUGGGUAUUUUACCAAAUCUUUUGUACAUGGCGGAUUUAUUCGGAGCACACAUGUUUCAAACAAAUGGUGUCAAAUGACUGAAAGGGUGGAGAUGAGCAUAUUCUUCAGGAUUCCUUAUAAAAUGUUGUUCAAACUAUCAUUUUAAAAAACACAUCUUAUAUAGAUCUAAAGUUUUACUAAAGGACAAGUACAUGUAUCUUAAAGGGAGUCUAUUAGGCAGGAUUAAGAUCAAGUGACACAAAAUCGAAAAUGUCAGUCACAUAUAAAAGACCACCAAUUUGGCUCGGUAUCUCUGUCUAUCUCUCCCCUUUCACUUUCACUCAGUCUGUAUUUUAAAGGCAAUCUGUGGAGAGUCCUCAAACACAUCCCAACCAAUCUACCAGCAGUAAUUUAAAGACAAAAUCGCCAUUUGAAGAUGUCUGCAAGGCAACAGCCCUCAUGAUUUCAUCACCCUAGCUUCUUUACGUUUUCACUACAACCAGGGACAGUAUUAUAAUUUUGAGGGAUACUUUUAAUUGCAGCAGUAAAGUAGUCAUUUUAGUUGCAAUGGAGUAUUAAAAAAACACUACGUAGCCACUAUUGGCAAAGCAAAGUGUAACUGGACUGGUCUUGCCCAUCUUUGCAUACCCACCAGGUCAGUUGCAUGCUCCUCUCCUUGCCAAUGUUACUGAUGCAUAGGAGAAGUAAGUAAUGAGUAAAAGACCCUGAAGCUUUGAAUGGGUCUACAUGUAGCUUUAACAUCAGAAGGUGACCUUGAAAAUAUUGUAACAUUAUGUUUAAUUGGACUUUUUACUUAAAAAUGCUUGGUAAUUUUUAUUUCAAAUUAGUCGUUAAAAAGAAGGAUUUUGAAGUAAUCCUUGUUAUGAAAUAGCAGGGCUUCUAAAUCGAUGUUUUUCAACUGAUCACAUUAUCUUAACUCUAUGAAAUAACACAUUUGUAAAAUACUUCUUUCUGGGACACUCUGUAUGGAGUGACUGGUUGACAUUCAUCACAGAUUGUCUUUAAAUCACCAAAACAUGUGCAGUGUAGUUCCGUGUGCAAGUUUUGUCAUGCCACGGAGUGAGGUUUAUUGUGAACGAAUAAAGAGAGAACUAUCAUUUAA